GAAUUGACGUAUUACUUCCGUCUACGUCAUUUCCCCGCGACAGCCCCCUCUCGGCACACUCUUCCAUGUGAAGCGCUUUUAAGCAAGUAUGUCAUUCAUUUUUCACAUGAAUUGUGCCUUUUUGUGACGGCCGACGGUGCUGCGCUUCGUCGCCGGCGGCUGUUGUUUGCGAAAAGUCCCGCGAGAAGAGGCGAAAGUGCUGCUUUGGGAGCUCUUCCUCUCCGCGACAAGGUUUAAUGUGGAAUGGUGUCUUGGGUCUGCUGAAUAGUGGGAACGUUCUCUCCUAAGAGCCCGGUGCCGCCUAACCUCAUCACUUCACCCCGAUGGCGACCCGUUUCCUGGGCAGGUACGCCCGCCUCCUGUGUCGGGCCACCUCCCAGACUCCAGCCGCCCGCCCGCCCCCAUCAGCAGCCAGGAUGCCUGAGCUCCAGAGGACUCGGUGUUGCGCUUUGGUGUCCAAGAGGUGGUUGUGUGACGGCAGGCUGAUGCCGAAAGACGACGCUUUCCCGAUGAUGCCGAUUCGCACGCAGUUGGAUGAGACGGUGGAGAAGGCGACGGAGCCGGAGGACAUUUUGAUCGCGUGGGAACAACACGGCGGAAAUGCUAACCAAGCUGCUAGUACUUUGUUGGCUUGGAUUAAGUUGGUGCAGAAGACGCGGGUCAGGUUUUACCAAGACUCAUCAGGAAUGGACUCAAGGCUGCGUGACAUCAUGGAUACGAUAACGGAGCACACGCCGUCCGUGUGGAACAGCACCCUCGUGUCCGUCUUGCGAGCGCUCUGGGUCAUGGGCGUCCCCAACUCUGAUCCGGUGUUGGGUUCCAUCCAAACCGAGGUCAUGUGGCGAAUCCGUAGGCUCAACUACAAGCAGGUGGCGUUCCUGGCCGAGUGGGGGACCGGCAGGAAGGGGCAGCAGGACGUGGCGAUCGUCAACGCGGCGCUGAAACAGUUGGAGCUACGCUGGACUGAAAUCUCCGAUGCCAAAACCGUUAGCGCGCUCAUCGCCAAGGGACAAUACAUGUCGCCGACGUUGAUGGACAGGCUGGAGGACAAGGCUUUGGAGCUCGCCGAAAGCUUUUCAGCGGAAGGAAUCCGCAAAGUGUGCGUGGCUUUGGCGACCAUGGGCCGCAGGUCUGUGCCCCUCCUCCGAGCGCUGUCCUACCACCUCCUGCAGAGGCCGUCGUCAGAAUUCACCACGUCACUAAUACUGGAUAUGGGCUUUGCAUAUGGGAAGCUGAGUUUCCACCAGUCUCAGGUGUUUCAGCGAAUGGCGUCGGAGUUGAUGCCCAAAGUACCUGAACUGACGUCUAGUGAUGUCACCCGCUUCGCAAAGUCCCUGGGCUUCCUCAAAUGGCUUCAUAUCCCGCUCUUCGAGGCCUUUGCCGAGCACUACGUGGAGCACGGAGACAAGUACAGCACUCUGCAGUUGUGUAACCUGAUCAUGACGUUUGCCAGACUGGGAUUCCAGCCUAGCAAAGGAGAACAGUUCUUUGAUAAGGUUCAUCCCGUAAUAGAGGGCUCCCUGUCAGGCCUGGAGCCCUUCCUGAGGACGGACGUUGCCUGGUCGCUGUGUGUGCUCCAGCAAGCCAGACCCCACUAUCUCACCCCACUCAUGCAUCAGGAACACGUCACAAAGCUCUCAGACGGCAGUCCUGCUCGGGUGGAGAACUACCGACUAAAGCUCCUCCACCUCGCCGCCACGCUGCACUUGGAGCAUCCCGAAUCCUCAGAGCCUGCAGCUACCUCAUCCGUCAUGAACGCUGCCGCGGCUGCUCCGGCCAGUAGCUCCUCCCUCUCGCCACUGCAGAGCAGCCUGAGAGAGGCUUUGCACGCUUUGGUGGGCGGGAGGACGGACAUGCUCCGCACUGGGGUCAGCACCGUAUAUGGAUGGACUAUUGAGGGGGAGGUGCUAAUCGACUGUGACGUCAAGCCUAUUGAAUUAUCAAAGAUGACAGCUCCUCAUCUUCUAAGUGGGGGAGGACAGGAGGCGCUACCCGAGGGGUCACGACGGAUCGCUUUCUUGACUUGGGAAUUCCCUAACUUUGGCUCCAAGAGUAAAGACCUGCUGGGGCGCUUUAGCAUGAUGAAGCGACACCUGCAGCUGGCUGGCUUCAUCAUCGUGGAUGUUCCGUAUUACGAGUGGCUGGAGCUCAAGACGGACCGUCAGAAGUUGGCGUAUCUGAAGGACAAGCUGGGCAAGGCCGUGGCCGAGGACAUGGCCAAGUGAGCCGGGUAGUAAGAAGCACACGUGUUCAUAUUGCAGAACGGCUCGCUCUCUCUCGUCCCGGUGAAAUAAAGACACAUUACAUAUAUUCGGCGUGGUUCCCGUGGCAACGUGUGGGGCUUUCCCUGUUUCCAUGGAGAUGGCAGCGAGAGUUCUGGAGUCAGAAAUAAACCCGACAGCGAGGGCUUCAAGGUUUUAAGUUGCCGCAUCUGUGAAGGACUUGUUAUGAUAUCUCCAAUUGUCCGACGUGUAGGAGCUUUCAGUGGAUGCUCGUAAUUCAAUGAAUAAAAUAUUUUAUUGCUAA